AUAUCUUGAGUUAUCAUGGAUAUCUCAUUCCUCUCCCAUAUCUUUAAUCAUUGGCUCCUAUUGGUACUAAUAUCUGCAAUCAUGUUCCACGAAGGCAAGCAGAGUUUGAGGAUACAGUGCCAUGAAAAAGAUCGCCAUGUCCUCCUAAACUUCAAACGCACAAUUGGUGAUCCAUCAUCCAUCCUCUCUAGUUGGUCCGAUGAUGGCAGAGAUUGUUGUGAAUGGGUAGGAAUUCAGUGUGACAACACCACAGUCUUCAUUGGCUUUAUAAUUUCUCCUCCUUGAAAUGCAUCAACUUUAGUGGCAUUAAUCUUCAUGGGAAAGUUGAUUGGCUUCAAAUAGCAACUUCACUUCCUUCCCUUUCAGAAUUGCGCCUGGAUAGCUGCCAGCUUCAAAACAUCAAUCCAUAUCUCCAGUAUGUAAAUUUUACAUCACUUGAAGUUCUUAGCCUUUCUAGUAAUACUUUUAACUCUGAAUUCUUUCCAAACUGGUUAUUCAAUCUUAGGAUGUCAUCACCUCUGUCAACCUAAGCUAUAAUUACUUUCAGGGCCAAUUGCCUGAGAGAUUGUUGAAUCUUCAAAAAUUAAAAAGCUUGGAUUUGCAUGGCAAUAAACUGAGUGGAUCAAUUCCAGAUUGGGUAGUCCAACUUGAAUAUUUACAAGUUCUUGAUAUUAGUGACAAUUUAAUUUGUGGCCCUAUUCCACCUGCUUUGGGAAAUCUAUCAUCCUUGAUUGCUUUGAAUCUCAAUUCGAAUAACUUAAAUGGUAGUCUUCCAGAAAGUCUUGGACAGCUCUUGAACUUGGAGAUGUUAUCUUUUCAUGAUAAUCACUUGAUGGGGUAUGUGUCUGAAAGAAAUUUCGUCAGACUCUCAAAUUUGAAAGUUCUUGGCAUGGGAUCUCCAGGCUUAAUCUUUGACUUUGAUUUGUUGUGGGUUCCUCCUUUUCAACUCAUAGACUUACAUAUGGUACACAUGGUGAAUUCCAUAUUUCCUAAAUGGAUAUAUACACAAAAAUCUCUUAGAGUGUUAAUAAUUGUCUCCUCAAGUAUUUCAUCUCAAUCUCAAGAUAACUUUUGGAAUUUUGCAACACAGUUGAGAUGCUUCUGUUUACAAAAUAAUACAAUUGAUUGGGACAUAUCUGGUGUGUUACUGAACUCUACAUACGUAAAUUUGAGUUAUAAUAAAUUUAAAGGAAACCUCCCUCGUUUAGCACCAAAUGUUCUCACAUUCAGUGUAAGAAAUAACUCCUUUCAAGGAUCUAUUUCUUCAUUAUUGUGUCAAAAGAUGAAUGGCAGAAGCAAAUUAAGGUACCUGCAAAUUAAGGUACCUGGACAUGUCUAAUAAUCUCUUAUCUGGAGGGCUUACAAAUGGCUGGAUGUAUUGGAAAGCUUUGGUUAUUAUUAGGCUUGGUGACAAUAAUCUGUCAGGUACAAUUCCACCAUCAAUUAGUUUCUUGGCUAAUCUUAAGAUUUUGCAUCUUAAUAAUAAUAACUUGUUUGGAGAGAUACCAUUGUCACUGAAGUAUUGCCAGAACCUACAGAUCUUUGAUGUUGGAGGAAAUAAAUUUUCAGGAUCCAUACCAAAGUGGAUAGGGCACAAUGCAAAGAUUCUUCAAUUUAGAUCCAAUCAGAUCAGUGGAAAUAUCCCACCAGAAAUAUGCCAAUCAGAAUCUCUCAUAAUAUUGGAUCUCGCAUAUAACAAAAUCUCAGGUAUAAUACCUAGUUGCCUGCAUAACAUGACAGCCAUGAGACAAGCUUCUUCAAGUAAUGUGGUUACCACUUUUUGCGGUAAAAUAUUUUGUUCCAAUUCUAUAUAUGGUGACAAUGUUAUGUUGCAUAUAAAAGGACUUGAACUGAUCUAUGAAGAAAAUGUGAAGUUCACGCGUGCUAUUGAUCUAUCAAAUAAUGACAUGUCUGGAAUAAUACCUCAAGAAGUUUUUAGUCUAUCUGAAUUGCAUUCUUUGAACUUGUCCCAUAAUCAAUUUGAGGGAAGCGUGUCAAAAGAGAUUGGCAAGUUGAACCAAUUGGAGUCUCUUGAUCUUGCAAACAAUAAAUUUUCAGGUGAAAUUCCUCGAAGUUUGGCUCAAUUGUCUUUUUUGGGAACCUUAAACCUGUCUUUCAACAAUUUCUCUAGAAUGAUCCCAUUAGGGACUCAACUUCAAGGGUUUGAUGAACUAAGCUAUAUUGGCAAUCCUGAACUUUGUGGUGCUCCACUUCCAAAGAAUUGUUCUGACAAAAAAGACGUGAAACCCAUUGAAGAAAAUGACACCGACCAAGAAGAUGAAUUCCUAGCUUCCUUCUACAUUGCAUCAGGAGUUGGAUUUUUCGUGGCCUUUUGGGGAGUUUGUAUUGCCAUUUUUUGCAUUAGUAGUUUCAGGAAUUCUUACUUCAGAUUCCUAUUCAGUAUAAGAGACAAACUCUAUGUCAUGGUGGCCCUCACAAUGAAUCGCUUCGGUUGAAAUUUGAUGUUAUUGCAACUUUGUGGUUCUUGUUGUUGUGCAUGCUUCAGCAAUUCUCUUCAAGUCUUGGAUUGAACUUUGCAAGACACGAAUACACGAUGGAGUGGCGUUACUCACUAUCACUAGUUUCGUAGCCUAGCCAGCUUAAUUUUAUUUUGUUUACUUGAUUUGAAAUUGUGUAAUAUAUAGUUUCAUUUUCUGCGUGCAGUUUGCACCCUUAAUAGGUAUGUGUCCGUAAAUGAAGUGGAAACGUCUGUUUUUAAUAAACAAAAGCAAAUAACUUGAAAGUUUAUAAUAACACAUGGUUUUUUUUUAA